AUGAACCUGAAUAUGAUCCUGGAGGCUUCUAUCCAGCAGUUUAAGUUUGCAGUGGAAACGCUUCGUACUGGACCGGGGAGUAUGAAGGUACCUAUACACUGGACGCACUGGUCGACACUAUCACCAAGCGCAACGAGCCACGCGUUUUCUGCGCCGAUCUGGCUGCUGAUUUUCUGGUUUUUCUAUUUUCUUUCCACGUUUAUACUGUGGUUAGCUUGGCGCAUUCAUGUGUCGCGUCCACUAGACCAGGCUCUGAGGCUGCUGGCGUUUCUGCACAACCUGGUGCUCUCGGCCUGGUCGGGGGUGAUGUUCCUCGGCGCCGCCAGCGCCGUCGUUGCGGUUACGCGCAGCGACGGUAGCAUAGAGCGCACCUUCUGUUCUUCGUCGUUCGAUAAUUUUCCCAGAAACAUCUACUACUGGCUGUACAUGUUUUACUUGUCGAAACCGGUGGAGUUUUUCGAUACGUUUCUGCUUGCGGCACGCGGGAAACCGUUGACGGUGCUACAUGUUUGGCAUCAUGCAUCGGUGGUAUUCGAAACUUGGAGCUGGUUGCGUUACGGCCUCAAUUUUUCAAUCUAUGGAAUGCUGUUUAAUACCGCCAUCCAUACAAUCAUGUACAUGUACUUUGCGUAUGCGUCCAUGCAAUGGCGGUUUCCAUGGAAGCGAUGGAUAACGCUUCUGCAAAUCGUGCAAUUCAUCACUAGUUUCGCGUUGACGAUCCCAUAUCUCUACUUGUACUGGAGAAAUCCGCAACGUUGCAUGGGUAUGCCUGCCUUGGCGAUCAGCACGUUCUGCAAUGCAUCGUACCUGCUGCUUUUCCUGCGCUUCUAUCGCCGAACCUACUGGCCGGUAUCAAAAGCAAAAGACUAA